GCAAGCAGCCGAGCGGUUGUUCGCCACAGCCGCCAGGGGGCGCCAGACCCCGGCCCUUGGCCCCGCCGCAGAGCCGACGGAGCCGAGAGCGGCGGGCGGCAGCGGUCACAACAAAGGAGCCCAAGAUGCCGAGGAUCAUGGUGAUUGUGGCUUGGUGUGUCCUGCAAGCGGAGAGCCGGCACCCCGACCUCCCGGCCGCCAACCCCCACGGCAACUUCUUGGACAACGACCGGUGGCUCAGUACGGUCUCCCAGUACGACAAGGACAAGUACUGGAACAAAUUCCGAGAUGAAGUCGAGGAUGAUUAUUUCCGAAGCUGGAAUCCCAACAAGCCCUUUGACCAAGCACUGGACCCUGCCAAGGACCCCUGCCUGAAGGUGAAAUGCAGCCCGCACAAGGUUUGUGUGACCCACGACUACAGGACCGCCACAUGUGUGAGCCGCAAACAGCUGAUGCACAGGCCAAAGAAGGGGGCUGUGGCCCACAGACACUGGAUCGAGGCAUCAAAUCUAAUCAAGUGCAGGCCUUGCCCAGCGGCCCUUGCCAGCUCUGUCUGUGCCUCCGACGGACACACCUACUCCUCUAAGUGCAAGCUGGAGUUCCAUGCCUGCUCUUCCGGAAAAGCCAUCACAGCACGGUGUGAGGGGCCCUGCCCGUGUCUCCCAAGCCAAGAACCCCCAAAGCCGAAGGCCGAGAAGAAUGCCUGUGCCGACAAGGAACUGCGGAGCCUGGCGUUGCGGCUUAAGGACUGGUUUGGAGCGGUUCACGCUGAUGCCAACCGCGUCACCAAACUGGCCAACUCAGACCCAGCACAAGGCAGGUUCGACACCAGCAUAUUGCCUAUCUGCAAGGACUCCCUGGGCUGGAUGUUCAACAAGCUGGACAUGAACUAUGACCUCCUUCUGGACCACUCAGAGAUCAACGCCAUCUACUUGGAGAAGUACGAGCCGUGCAUCAAGCCCCUCUUCAACUCCUGCGAUUCCUUCAAGGACGGCAAGCUGUCCAACAACGAAUGGUGCUAUUGCUUCCAGAAGCCCGGAGGUCUCCCCUGCCAGAAUGAAAUGAAUAGGAUUCAAAAGCUGACUAGAGGAAAGAAUCUUCUGGGAGUCUUCAUUCCACGCUGCACGGAAGAGGGCUAUUAUAAAGCCACCCAGUGCCACGGGAGCACUGGGCAGUGCUGGUGUGUCGAUAAGUAUGGAAACGAGCUGGCUGGGUCAAGGAAACCAGGAGCCGUGAGCUGUGAGGAAGAGCAGGAGACAUCGGGGGACUAUGGCAGCGGGAGCUCCGUGGUGCUCCUGGACGACCCUGAUGAUGAGCGCCAGGAGGCUCGGGAAGACCGAGGCGGGAAGGCCAAGGUACGCGCGAGGGCAGCCAACGAGGAUGACGAAGACGAAGACGACGACAAGGAUGACCAAGUCGGGUAUAUAUGGUAGUCCCCAGCGCCUCCAGAACUCAGAGUUUUGCACAGCUUCCACAAGUCACUCCGCAUUUCUGCAAUUGUAUCUGAGAACCUCAGGCACCAGGUCUCUGUUUCAUUUGGUUCCCUCAGAUUUAUGGUUUGGGCAUAUGGGUUUUCUCAUUUUCCAGGGAGCUCCAAUUUCAACUACCUUUUUUGAGGGUCGGGGGGCAGGUUGAGGGGACAACAUAGGAACAGGAAGGGGAGAGGGAGAGUGGCUCUUACAUCAUUAAAAAAAUCCUAGUCUAGUCUCCCCCAGGAAACACAAAUAACAAGGGUCUGGUUUUGUGAAGUAAGACAGCCUCAGCAGUUUUUGGCCACCCAUGGCAGGUGUGCAUCACCUGUUGUAGAAAAUUCCCCAGUCCUAUGCUAGGCAGUUGGUGCCCUCAUCCGCUGCAGGAGCUAGGGAAUACAGAUGCCUCAUGUCUCACCUUCCCCUGCCCCCUCACCCUGGUGUCGGUCAUUCAGGAACAAGUCUCCUCUGGUCACUCCUUCUGGCUCCUUGAAAACAGUAGCCUGAGUCCAGGCCAGAAUCCAUCUGGGGGUCCGCAUAUUCCAUCAGAGACUGUGGCUGAAGUCCUCUAGAUGGGUGAAUGGAUGCUUGUUUUGGUCGAGACACAGAGAUGGAGAAAGUGUUCAGACACCCCUUAAGAAAAUCUCUCUAGAAAAAUCCCAUCUCAGAUGGGUGUGGAUCAGCCUGUCCAGCCUGUCUCACUCUUUCUGGAAUGAUGAAUCUUAAAUUUUCUUUCCUCUUUCUGAACUAAGGAAAUGUGCCUGUCACCUGCAGGCUGACUGCUCCUUCUUGGGCAACUAAAGCAAAGAAACUCGCCCUUCACAGUGUGGUCUGUGCCAGGGAGGAGGUGAUAAAAGAGAACUCUGCUGGCCAAUGUGAAUCACGCCGCCGCUCCCCGAGUCCCACCACCCCUAUGCACUUCAGGAGGGAAGGGUGGGGCAGCCCAGCGGCCCCACCCCAUGCUGCCUGCCCUCAUUCAGCAAAGUUUCCCAACCCAAUUAUUCCACCCAAAGCCUAAGCAAGUUCUCUUGGCCAAGCACUACUGCCAACACCACUGCCACACAAAUCCUAACUCCCACACUCAGGGAGCCACCACUCUGGAACCCGCUGGCCAGUCUGCCUUCUGCAGUUCCCACCCCUGAGAUUCUGACUCCAGGCCUUCUGCAAGCCCCAUGAGAUACUCCCUCUGCCACUCAUCUCCCGCUGAUUCUCUUCCUUCUGCUCCCUCGGCCUUCCAGUUCCAAGCUUCCACACCUGCAGCUUUCCUUUCCCGCACGCACUUUCCCCGUCCUCCUCUCUCAGUGGCACCACUCCGAGGACUAGCCCCAGACCACAUUCACCAACCCGAGGCUUAAUUCAUUCAAUCGUAUUUAUCGUGCUCUUACUGUGCACAGAGCAUGUCUCAGCCCAGUCAGCUAUGGCAGCACCCAAUAACAGUCCCCCAUUUUCCCAGGUCCUUUGUUUAACUGGUCACAGCAGCAGACUAUCCCUAUCCCUCUUGAUUGGAUGCAAAUUCCAGCUGGAAUUAUUCAGACAUUUUUCCACUUUCCACCAAACUCUAAGGCUCCUGCUGAGAUGAGAUCGAAGUCACGCAUUACUUGAAGAAAUGAUGCAUCUCCCAUUUCAAAUAGUUUCUUUUGGAUUAAAUCUACGAAAUCGUAUGGAAAUGGUUAAUCCAGCUCCAGAAUGUCAGGCCUGAAAGAACCCUUGCUUCAGAUCAGAGAGGGUCACCAUUGUCUCCCAAUGACCUUUGGGAAGGCAUGUGGAGUGGCCAUGUGAUCAAUCCAGAUCAAUCGCACUCAGCAGUGAAGCCUGGUAGGGAAUGGCAGGGGAACUGCUGAUUUUAAUUUGCCUAAUUAUGACAAGUGUCAAAUUAAGAGGGUCCUUAAAGAUCCUUAGCAUUAGAGUACUGAUAGACAAGAAAGCUCUGGGGGAGACUUCCACCAAGUUAAAGAGAUGCAGCUUUCAGAGGGGUGCAUUCAGUUGCGGGGAUUCAUUAAAACACAAAAUCAGUGAAGCCCACAGUCAGUGCACCCUAAGGGAGGGCAGGCCAGGGAACCAAAAUCCAUUUCACCUUUCCUGUCCUGUACUGGGCCACCACAUAGCUUUUUCAAAUCAGCAUUUAGUCUGCUUCCAUCCCUUACUUAGAAUGGCCAGGUGUGUGGCAAAGUUCCAUUUUUUUCUCUCCCUCCAACUCCUGGGCUUCUGGGGAAGUCAAAAGUAGAAUCCAUAAGUGGAGUAUUUGCAUGUUUCCUCCAUACAUACUAUUUGAAAACUCCAUCAAACCACGUUAGUGAUUGUUCUGACCUUCUAUUUAUUUAUUUCUUAAUUUAUUAGGGGAGUUUGGUAACUUCCUUUUUAUUUAAAAGCACUCUUUCAAGUGGAUUAGCUUUAUUAUUUGUGUAUUCUUCAGCUCCUCACAUAAAUUUCUAUAGAUAAAUAAAAACUGGUUUGUUAGCUGACGCUUCUAUUGCGUGUUGAGCCUGUCCUCAUAUUUUCAGUGUGAGUUGCGUGCCUGGGAAUAUUUUAAUACUGUUUUAGGAGUUUUGUAGCAUCCCUCUCAACUCCCCACCCCCUUAGCAGCAUGAAAUCAGCUGCUGCCUCUUGACAGCACCCCUCAGAUUGGUCCCAGGCAUAGCUUUGACUAACCGUAUUAUGCUUUCCCUGCCACCCCAGGGGCUCUCCACACCCACCAUUCCAUCUGUUUCCCACCGAGACCACCCUGGAGCAGGGAGCCCUUUCUACAGUAGGUGAUUUUGGUCUUUUUCUACUUUUUUCUCAAUGCUGCUGACAUUCGUUCCUGUUAAGUGUGUCACGUUGUAAUGGGAGACCCAAAUAUCGAGUGUUUCGGGUUGAUGUACCUACUGUAGGUGAAAUGUAGAAUAGCACCGUAGAUUCUGAAUGCUUUUCCAUACAGACUUCUCUGGAAUGUGAACAUUUUGCUAAUCUCUUUGGUUGAUUGUAAAUGCCUAACUGUAGUCCUAAAUAGUUGCAUUUCUGUCUGUCUCAAUAAAUUUUCAUUUGUCUGCGA